AAUAUGAAAAAGUAGUUGAGAAGCUCCAUCAACUUUCAUCGGAGAAAGAUCAAAUGAUCCAGUUAUUGGUAGAGGGUUCUGGAAUAGUGAUGGGGAUCAAGAAGGGAUUGAAGAGACUUCUUCUAAUCUAUCCAUGUUGAUAGAUAGGUGCUUAAAGAAGAUAACGAAACAAACAAGUGAAUCAUUGGAGAUUCCUUUUGCGGAUGCAGAACUUUUUGAAAAUUUUCAGAGUCUUCUGUAUGUUAGGGAUCUGGAGUUGAUGCUUUGUGAGGAGAUACUGGAAGAAGAUAUGUUGUUGAGGUCACAACUGAAUGAUCUGUCAAAUCAGUUCCGAGUAACUUCUCAGGAACUCUUUGCUUUGAAGGAGGAGAAAGAUGUUCUACAAAAAGAUCUUGAACAGUUAGAGGAGAAAUCUGGUCUGUUGAGGGAGAAGUUAUCAAUGGCAGUUAAGAUAGGCAAGGGAUUGGUUCAAGAUCGGGAUAAAUUGAAAGUUUUUCUGGAGGAAAAGAAGUCGGAAAUUGAGAAGCUGAGGCUUGAAUUACAACUGGAAGAGUCUAGAGUUGCUGAGUCCACAGGGCAGAUCAGUACUUUGUUUGCUGAUUUAGAGCGCAUCCCAAAGUUGGAGAGAAACCUUGCAUCUAUGAAAGAGGAAAAGGAUCAACUUGAGAAGUUCUUUUUCGAGAGCAAUGGCAAAUUACAAAGGGUAAUUGAAUCUAUCAAUCGCAUUGUUCUUCCAGUUGACUCGGCAUUACUAGAGCCUGUAGAGAAGCUGAAAUUGCUUGCUGGGUACAUUGAUGAUUGUCAGACUUCCAAGAUACAGAUUGAACAAGAGUUGAGGGAAGUAAAGGAAGAGGCUACCAUCCGGGCUGGCAAGUUAGCAAAGGCGAGCAUCCUGGCUGGCAAGUUAACAGAGGCCCAAUCAACUAUGAAAUUACUUGAAGACUCAUUGGCUAUCGCAAAGGAUGAUUUCUCCCGACUUGCUGAAGAGAAAAAGGAGAUGGAAAUUGGUAAAAACAAUACAGAAAUAGAGUUACAGAAAGCAAUUGAAGAGAGAGAUGUAUCCCAAAGCAGGGUUUUGAAGUUGGAGAGUGAUGUAGGUGUGUUGGAAGUUUCAUGCAGAGAAGCGAGGCUGAAGAUAGAGGAAUAUCAAGCCAAAGAAGACAGAUGGAAAGAAAAAGAUGCAGAACUUUUGUCAUCAUACAAUAGCUUGUUAAUGAAAGAAAAAGAAGCUGAAGAGCCUCUCCUGUCAGCAUCUCAAACAAGAAUUUUGUUGAAAAAGUUAAGUGGGAUUGAAAUUCCUCUUGUGGAGUCCGACAGCCUGGAACCCCAUAGCUCUUCUGAUAUUAAGAAACUGUUUUCUGUUAUUGGUAGUUUCACUGAUUUGCAGAACCAAUUAAAUUUGCUAUCUUAAAGUGUACGCUUUCAAGACAGAAUUUUGAAAUU